UGGGUGCGGACCAGGAUGGAGGUGGAACCGACGAGCCAGGCCUGCCCCGCACAAACAUGGCCGCGAGCGCGUACGGCAGCGCCGCUGAGACGUCCGGCGCCGGGGCACGCGCAGCGCAGGCGCACUGCCGCUCAUCCCGCAGACGCUGCGGCGGCAGCGGCGGUGGCGGCGGUGGCGGCUGCUGCGCGGGGCAUGGUCCCCGGGUCGGAGGGCCCGGCCCGCGCCGGGGGCCUCGUGGCUGAUGUGGUGUUCGUGAUCGAGGGCACAGCCAACCUGGGGCCUUACUUCGAAGGGCUGCGCAAGCACUACCUGCUUCCGGCUAUCGAGUAUUUUAAUGGUGGUCCUCCUGCUGAGACGGACUUCGGGGGAGACUAUGGGGGGACCCAGUACAGCCUCGUGGUGUUCAACACGGUGGACUGCGCUCCUGAGUCCUACGUACAGUGUCACGCUCCCACCAGCAGCGCCUACGAGUUUGUCACCUGGCUCGAUGGCAUUAAGUUCAUGGGUGGCGGAGGCGAGACCUGCAGCCUCAUCGCUGAAGGCCUCAGCACUGCCCUACAGCUCUUCGAUGACUUCAAGAAGAUGCGGGAGCAGAUCGGCCAGACGCACCGCGUCUGCCUCCUCAUCUGUAACUCACCCCCAUACCUGCUGCCUGCCGUCGAGAGCACCACGUAUUCUGGGUACACGACGGAGAGUCUCGUGCAGAAGAUCGGGGAGCAAGGGAUCCACUUUUCCAUUGUGUCCCCCCGGAAGCUGCCUGCCCUGAGGCUUCUGUUCGAGAAGGCGGCCCCCCCAGCCAUGCUGGAGCCGCUGCCACCACCAGCGGAUGUGAGCCAGGACCCCCGGCACAUGGUGCUGGUGCGGGGGCUGGUGCUGCCAGUUGGGGGCGGGUCAGCCCCAGGCCCCCUCCAGCCAAAGCAGCCGGUGCCCCUGCAGUCAGCUGCGGCCUCGGGCGCCUCGCUCUCCGCAGCUGCCCAGCAGUCUCUGCCCCCGGUGCCCCAGCCCUACCAGGUUCCUGGGAACCUGAGUGCAGCUCAGGUGGCUGCCCAGAAUGCGGUGGAAGCCGCCAAGAACCAGAAGGCCGGGCUGGGCCCACGCUUCUCACCCAUUAACCCUCUCCAGCAAGCCGCUCCAGGAGUGGGUCCCCCCUUCAGCCAGGCUCCGGCCCCACCUCUACCCCCGGGGCCCCCCGGGGCCCCCAAGGCACCCCCUGCUUCCCAGGCCAGCCUGGUCUCCACCGUGGCCCCCGGCCCGGUCCUGGCCACCCCCGCACAACCUGGGGCACCGUCCAUGGCGGGCGCUGCGGCCCCGGGCGGGGUGAGCGGCCCUUCCCCGGCCCAGCUAGGACCCCCGGCCCUCGGGGCGCAGCAGUCCGUCUCCAACAAACUCCUGGCCUGGAGCGGGGUCCUUGAGUGGCAGGAGAAGCCCAAACCUGCCUCGGUGGAUGCCAACACCAAGCUGACGCGGUCGCUGCCUUGCCAGGUCUACGUGAAUCAGGGCGAGAACUUGAAGACCGAGCAGUGGCCCCAGAAGCUGAUCAUGCAGCUCAUCCCGCAGCAGCUGCUGACCACCCUGGGCCCUUUGUUCCGGAACUCGAGGAUGGUGCAGUUUCAUUUCACCAACAAGGACCUGGAGUCCCUGAAAGGCCUCUACCGGAUCAUGGGCAAUGGCUUUGCCGGCUGCGUGCACUUCCCGCACACGGCGCCCUGCGAGGUGCGCGUGCUCAUGCUCCUGUACUCGUCCAAGAAGAAGAUCUUCAUGGGCCUCAUCCCCUACGACCAGAGCGGCUUCGUCAACGGCAUCCGCCAGGUCAUCACCAACCACAAGCAGGUCCAGCAGCAGAAGCUGGAGCAGCAGCGUGGGAUGGGGACACAGCAGGCACCCCCCGGGCUGGGCCCCAUUCUGGAGGACCAGGCGAGACCCUCACAGAAUCUGCUCCAGCUCCGCCCACCACAGCCCCAGCCUCAAGGCACCGUGGGGGCCUCUGCAGCCACGGGACAGCCCCAGUCCCAGGGUGCUGCCCAGGCCCCUCCAGGCGCCCCUCAAGGCCCUCCUGGAGCAGCUCCUGGCCCCCCACCUCCUGGACCCAUCCUUCGGCCGCAGAACCCCGGGGCCAACCCCCAACUGCGGAGUCUCCUCCUCAACCCACCGCCGCCCCAGACUGGUGUGCCCCCGCCCCAAGCCUCCCUCCACCACCUGCAGCCACCAGGGGCUCCUGCACUGCUGCCUCCACCGCACCAGGGCCUGGGACAGCCCCAGCUGGGGCCCCCGCUCCUGCACCCGCCGCCCGCCCAGUCCUGGCCCGCGCAGCUUCCCCCAAGAGCUCCACUGCCAGUGGCAAAACGAAAGAGAGACCGAGAGGGCCACGUGUUUCGAGAAAAAUGGGAGCGAGCCUAUUUCUUUGUGGAAGUGAAGAGCGUGCCCAUGUGCUUAAUAUGCAAAAAAAUCGUGUCUGUGUUGAAAGAAUACAACCUGAGACGUCACUAUGAAUCCAAGCACAGUAAGAGCUUCGACCAGUACACCGAGCAGACGCGGGACGCGGUCCUCAGUGAACUGAAAAAGAGCCUCAAGCGGCAGUAGGGUUUGCUUCAGAGCGAGAGCAGGUCGGAGCAGCGGCGCGGCCGUGAGCCGCACUUCCAGGUGACGAGGAGAGAACCACCCGGGCAUCAGAACCUUCCACGGACGGCGCGUUCAUACAGGGCGGCGCGUCUGGACGGAAACACGCCAGCUGAGACGUGGGGUUCUGUUGGGACAUUUGCGCUGCGCCGUGAGUUGAAGCUGAACCAGAAGAUUUCCAAGUCCGGUCGCUUGAAAGAGUCCGAUCAGUUGUGGCCUUCUCUGUCGUCGCUCACGAACUAUUCUUAUGAGCCAGUUAGCUUUAUUUAUUUGUGGUGUUGAGAAUUUUGACGUGACGGAAGAAGCCUGUGACGCGGUGCCAAGGCAGGCCUGGCACUGGGGGACGAGCUAUUUUUUAUGUACUGAGAGAAAGGACAAGCUUCCUGUAGACGGGCGAGAAUUCCGAAGCGCAGCGGCAGACAGGUGUGGCAACCUAAUGACCUGUGUCCCAGGAGGGCCCUUGUCAGGGCACCUCCAUCCCAGGGGACAGCGUUUGGCAAGGACGCAAGUCUGCGCGUUGCCUGGAUCGCCAGAGAUUAACUCAUGUUCAGAAAGUAACACAGAACACACCACAGACGUCCUCGCCACGACCCUGACACUGACCUUUCACUGUGGGCAGGUGGAAUAUGAACUUGAUCGAUGUAUUUUCCAGAAGCUCUGUGACCUGGUCGUCACGAAGGAAUCCGAACAGUUGAAACCUGUCCCCUUGGUUCGUUUCCGGUGAGGCGAAGGCCGCAUCUGGCUCCCCUGGGAAGGUCGGUCAGAGACUUUCAGUCGAGGGCACAACCCCUCUGAACACUAUUUCUCCGCAAAGAUGUUCACGAACAGCUACUUGAAUGUAUGGUCGUGUUUGGCCGGUCCCUGCAAAGAUGGGGAAGCGAUCGGCAAGCAAUUCUUUCUUUUGCCACAGUUGGGUUUCCAGAAACGAAAGACACGGCCCGGACCGUAUUCACCCAAGACUGUGGGCUUCAAGACCAAAUCCCCCCAAAGGCUCUCUGCAUCCACACGUCGUGAACACGGACAAACACUGUCCGGUGUGCCUCUGCGGGGUACUGUCGAUCGUGUGAGCGCAGACCCGCGCAGUUCCCGAACUGCAGUGCAAUAGGGUGCUGCUUCCUAGAUGUGAUUCCGGGGGAGCUCACAGCCCUACGACCCGCCCCCCCCAGUCGUUGUCCUGAGUGUGUCUGCAGGGACCCACGCCUGUGAACAGCCGUUUUCCGUUACGAAACUGAAUCUAACCAGUACCGUUCCCAGUUUAGGAUUCAGGGUUGAAUUCUAAACUGCCCGUCCCUUCCCACCGUGACAUCCAAAGGCCUGGCGUUGACCUCUCGGUGCGGAAGGGAUGAUGUCAGCCUUUGGCUUCAAAUCAAAGGAGCAACAGAAUUAAUGAAAGAGAAAAAUUUUAAUAAUUACAUAUUUCUAUUUUUCAAUUUGUAUUUUUUCAAUUUUGAACUUGAAAUAUGAGCGGCAGUAUCGCACAUGUUUGUAUUGUGUUCCAUGCGUUCGCCAUCAUUCAGUAAAGAUACGAUUUGAUGAUA